UGCGUAACUAUAAUUUUUGUUUGAGAUGCUUGAUGAUAAGCCGCUUCUCAAUUUCGAUUGAUCCCCAACAUUCAUCGGCAAUUUGAACGAUUUAUCCCAACCGCUAUCCGUUCCGGAAUAAGUGGUGAAUACCACAUCCUUUUUCGAUAAGAGCUGAAAUUCAACAGCAGAGAGAGAACUUGUUUAUUCUCUAGUAGCAAGUAACAGUUAUCCCGCAGAUCGUAAACGUCGAACGGUCCGACGAUAGUUAAAAUCCCGACGACGUUAAAUGAAUUUCAUUCGCAGUUUAUUCGUUGGCACGAAACCAAUUUGGACCGUGGGAUUUCCGACAUUCACGCUACUUUUCUUUUUACCUUACUGGUUUAUUUUGUGUCCCUUCGUGUGGCAUCGAAGACAUGAAGAUAUUGUUAACCAUCGUGCUUGGAAUAGCCCUUGGCUUUAUGGCUAUUGGUUAGCUGCAACAGGAGUAUGGGUGGCAGUGUUUUUGGUAGCCCUAUGUUGUUGGAAGCAAAAUGAUCACCAAUGCGAUGACACUGAAAUUGGGUCCGGUACAUACCUGCUGUCUUCUCAGCACUCCAAAAAUUCGGUGCCGUUCUGCAUCACACCGUUACCAGUCCAACCCAAGAAAGAGGAAAGAGAGGUCCCAUCCUUUAAAGGGAGAAUCAGCGAAGUAGACGUUUCUUUUGUUCAAGUACAGCCAAUGCCACUCAAGACAAUGCCUGCUUCACGGCCUUCAGAACUAGAUUUUACGUGGGAUAACGAAGAUAUUCAAUGGUUAAUAGAAGGCAACGAAACCACAGAUCCUACCAAUCUUGACAGUUUAGGUACGAUUUCACUAGAAUCUCUUACUGGGCGUGUAAGGAUCGAAGAAAUACCAGCUCUGAUAGCAAGUCCCACAAGUCAUAGCCCUUUGUCUCCUGGCAGCGAGAAUGCGGAUAAGGAUUAUGCCUUUCUUGGGGUCGAACAAAGGACAGACUAUUAUCAGUUAACGCCGACAGGAUCUCCUCCUAGUCCUUCGUUUAUGGAACAUUCGGCUGCGUUAGCAAACCAGUUUACCUCUGAGAUGGAAAAUUUUAUUACUGAAACUAAAUUUCAUGAUGAUACCAAUGCAGAAACCGAUUCCUAAAGAGUCCCUGUUCACGUGUAGAUGUCGACUAUUUGAUAUGUUCAUGAAUAUUUUGGUGUGGACUAUGUGCG